GGUCUUACUGACAACCAGAGGAAGCUGGUGUAGCUGCACUUUAACAGCCCUGUCAGUAGAGGAGGACUGUUAGUUGUUGUUGUUGAUAGGAGUCACAACAAUCUCCAACUGGUGCUGUCUGCCUGAAAGUGAUGGUGUGAGGAGGACUGGUGAAGGGAGACUCAUGCGCAAAGAUGCGGAUCUUUCUCCCUUUGCUGUGUGCUCUGUGUGCUCUGUGCAGCACACCGGUCCAAGGGAUCUUCGAGGGAACCUGUCCCAGAAAAGACCCUCCCCCUGGUGUGUUGGUUUUAUCUCCGGGCAGUAAGUUGGUUUUGACCUGCAGCGGUCAUGUGGAGGUGGACGGAGUCAAGGUCAUCAUGGCCAGAAACAGCUCAAACACCGACAGAAGAAGGAGUACUUCUGAUGCAACCCCAACCACUGUAACCAUUAUAAGAAACACUGGAGUUUUGAUGAAAAGUGACCAACAUACUGCAGAGAAUAGUGUAAGUGACUCUAAUCCUGCUGAGGCUGGAGAAAACAGAAGCCUCGGACAUGCAGGAACAGGAACCACAGCUUCUCCCAGCACUCACACGGUCCGGCCAACUGGUGUGAGCAGACUGUUUAAGCGUGAAUCCAUCUCGGAGACUGAGGAGAUGGAUGGCGAGAGCGAUUAUGGGGAAGAGGAGGAGGAAGAGGAGGAGGAAGAGGAGGAGGAGGAGGGGGAGGAAGGGAGCAGAGUGACAAGGGGCAUAAAGUCAAGACCACAGUGGAAGUGGAACGGGAGAACAGUCGGAAAAGGAGACAGAGACUGGGGUGAAGUUACAUUUGAGAGGAGAGGGUCUUCACUGUCUCUGUCCUCAGUGAGACUGACCGACUCUGGGAAGUACACGUGUUAUCACAGAGGCAGAGAGAGGUUGUCCUUAAAGGUAGACGUUGCAGAUCCUCCAGAGAGUCCCAGUCUGUCCUGCUACAAAAGGUCACCCAGCAGUAAGAUUCGCUGUGAGUGGACGCCUCAGAAGCCCAUCGCUAUAUUGCCUAACUGUUACCUGCUACUCAGUAAAAGCCAUACAGACGCAUUCCUUCGUGUGGACUGCUCAUACUCAUCUCGGCGCUCCCGUUGUUGGUGUGCUCUGGACCACAACGGGAACCAGCUGAGGACCAUUCACACGGCCUACCUGUGUGUUACGAGCACCGCAGGCAACGCCACCAGCGCCCUGCUGCACUUCUCACCUCUGGAAAUCUUAAAGCCCGACCCUCCAUCAGAUGUGACAGUAAGACAGGAGGAGGGACAGGAGACGAGGAUGAAGGUCACCUGGAGUUUUCCAAUCUCCUGGAAGUCUCAAGACCACUUUUAUGAACUAAUCUACGAGAUCAAAUACCGACCUUACUCCUCGUUCGAUCAUGGGCAGAUACAGAAGCUUAGGGAGCGCUCCUACACGAUCACUGAUGCAAUGCCUGGUAUUGAGUACCAGAUACAGCUCAGAACUAAGGAUGAGUAUGAUGGUCACUGGAGUGACUGGAGUACACCUGUCCAUGCCAGCAGUUGGUUGUUGACAACAACAGCUAAAGGGUCAGACGACUUGGCGAAUUAUUAUCCCUCCGCCCCAACGGAUUGCGGCUCUGGUACAGAUGGCUACGAUGAGUGUGAUGAUCCUGAACCAGUGCAAAUUGUUUCGGAUGUGUCACAUCAUGUCCUGUGGAUCUCUGGUUUAUUUGUUCUCUUGUCGGUCAUUUUGGCUGCCUACAUAUUCAGACAUAAGAAGAGAUUUCUGUCUAAACUCGAGAGUCUGAGUGUCGUCACCCAGUGUGGUGACUCUCCUCGGCCUCCGCCCUCAGCCCCAACGCCUCCAGAAGGGCAGGCUCUGGUGACCUCUGCCCCUCCUCGUUACAAAGCACCCCCACCAAGCGAAGUGGAAGAAGGGGAAGAAGAAAAUGAAGAAGAAGAAGAAGAAGAAAAAGAAGAAGAAGAAGAAGAAGAAGAACAGCGGCUGAAGGAGAGGACAGAAGCAAUGCACUUCAACAACACAAGUUAUUUCUUUCUCCAAAGGGAGUGACGAGCAGGCAGAAAGGGGAAUAAAACUAGCCAGAGCCGGUGUCAGAGAGGACAAAAGGAUAAUGUGUAAUGUGUAUAAAUUGUGAUGGUUCUCCAAUGAGCUUCUGUUAGAAGCAAACUCAUGACCAGCUUGUAUAGUAUCUGUCUCUCUUUCUAUCUCUAACUAAUGCCUAAAAUACCUCUACAAGACUUUUUGUUGUUUUUGUCUUAAGAGCAGCCUUUAAGCUACUCUCUCCUCUGUGCCAAUUUAAAGUGUGAUGAUAAACUGUGGACUAGAUGUCAUGUUCUGUUUGUAUAUGAUUGUAUUAAGGUUCAUAAAAUAUAUCACUUGC